AUGCCUAAAGAAAUUGCCAAGUUUUUAAAUCUACCCGACCCGGAUUUAUACACUGGGCAUAGUUUCCGAAGAACAUCAGCUACAUUGCUAGCUGACUCGGGAGCUGAUUUGCUUACUUUAAAGCGUCAUGGUGGCUGGCGAUCUAGCACAGUUGCUGAGUCUUAUGUUGAAGAUUCAGUUCGAAAUAAGUCCAACAUAUGUACUCAAAUAACCCACGCUAUAAAUCUGGAGCCCCAGGUUAAGAAGAUGUGUCCUGAACCGCAGCCAUCCACCUCCCGUGAUACAAGUUAUUUGUUACCUAGGUUGUCUAUUUCUGAGUCUUUAAAUGAACCACCACCACUUUCAUCCAUAUUUGUACACAAUGAACCCGUAUCACCGACUUUUACGCAAGAAGACAAUAAUGAAAUACCUGAAAAAAUCAAUAUAAGUGAAUUUAAAAAAUCACCAGUGUACGAAAAUGUUGAAAACGAUAAAAGUAGUCUGGUGUUCGUGUUCGAUACAACAGGAUCUAUGUAUAAUGAUCUGGAACAACUGAGAAACGGCGCUGGAAUGAUUUUGGAGACCGCGUUGGAGGAUAGUGAUGUUAUUGAAGAUUUUGUGUUCGUACCAUUUCGAGAUCCAGCUGUAGGUCCAGCAAUAGUAACAAAAGACAAGGAGGUCUUUAAAACUGCGCUUGACGAUGUUCGCGUGUACGGCGGAGGGGACUGCCCCGAAAAAUCUCUGACUGGGAUCCAUCUAGCCCUGAACGUCAGUCGAUCCAGGUCUUUUGUUUACGUGUUCACUGAUGCGACGGCAGCCGACCACGGGCUUGUUGGAAACGUUCUGGAUUCUAUACAAAGGAAGCAGAGUCAGGUAGUAUUCGUACUAACCGGCCACUGCAACGACCUGCACCGUCCAUCGUACAAGGUGUACCAGCAGAUAGCCGCCGCCAGCGCAGGCCAAGUGUUCAACCUCAACAAAACCAGUGUUCACAACGUGUUGGAUUUUGUUCGGAGCUCGAUCAAAGGGAGAACUGUUAAUUUGGGCUCGGUUAUUAAUGUAGCGGGGUACAAUCACACACAGGGAAUACCUGUAGAUAAUACAUUAGGAGAAGUAACGGUGUCCGUGUCAGGCGCACAACCUUCCAUUAAAGUGGUAAACCCUAGCGGAGAAGAAUUGACGGGGCCUCCAAAACUUAUUACUACGUUGGAUCUUUCUGAAAUUAUGGUGGUGAAAGUCCUUCAACCAGAACCCGGAAACUGGACAAUAACCACCGGUAGUGCAGAAGACUACUCAGUCAAAGUUGUAGGCCUGUCCAACUUAACGUUUACUCAUGGUUUUUCUGUCGAGCAACCGAGAUCUGUGUCUGAAACUACAUACAGGCCUUUGCAGGGUACCUACAACCAUAUGGUGAUAUCUCUUACACAAAUAGAUCAGCCAGUACACAUUGACUACGCUGAAAUAUUGUCUUUGAACGGAAGAACAUUAUUCGAAGUUCCUUUGCGUGUAUUCGAUGAACCGAACAAGAUAUACAUAGCAGAUCCUUUUGUGCCUCCGAAUGACUUCUUUUAUGUUGCUAUCAACGGCCGAGACGAAUUCAACCAAGAGUUAAGACGCAUUGGUGCCACAGCCAUACAACCAAAGACCCCAGAUGUUCCAUAUUUAACUGCUCAACCGAAGAUAGAAGCCAGGGCUCACGAGAGAAUAGUGUUGCGCUGUCACAUAGAGAGCUUAGUACCUGUCACUGCAAUGUGGACCAAAGAUAUGGCAAAAAUACAACCGCAAAUCUCCAGUUUGCAAACUACAUCUAUAGAGUAUGUUAUAGACGAUAUGAGUGAAGAAGACGUCGGCACUUAUAGAUGUGUUGCUAAAAAUGUCGCCGGGAUCAGCAAGGCUGUCAUUGAUGUUAGCUUACUGGUGGAUUCUCCCCAAGUUAUUAUAACACCCGAGAACAAAACUUUCCAACUAGGUGAACGUGUAACAAUAACUUGCCUAGUAAUCACUGAGGCAUUAUUAUGGAAGUACCAAUUAGAUUUUAAAGGCGCACGACAACAAUAUGCUAUAGAUAUAAAUCUAGAACCGAAUGUUGAAGGAUUGUACAUGUAUAAUAAAACCAUUCAAAAUGUUACUGAUAACGACGAUGGUGUCUAUUCCUGCAUCGCUCGGAAUCGAGGUGGUGAGACAAUACAGUCAACAUAUAUAACCGUCCAAUUUCAACCUCAAGUCCAAAUCCUAGGUCCUCACACGUUGACCAAACAUAACCACGCAAACUUACAACUAGUAUGCCAUGUUGAUAAUGCAGAUAAAGCACUUUGGUUAGCUCCAAAUGGUAGUUCUGUCAGGGAGGUUGAUGUGAAGGGGAGUUCUAAUGAUAUGUUAGAUUUGUAUGACGUGGAACUUGAUGGAGUUUGGAGUUGUGUUGCUGUAAGGGGAAAGUAUAGAGUGAAAGACUCCGUAGAACUCAUAAUCCUAAUCAAACCAGAAGUAUCAAUCGAAGGACCUAAAAACAUAACAAUUGUAAAUGGAACCGCCGUUAAUAUCACUUGUAUUAUAACGGCCAAACCUUUACCAAGGAUCAUAUGGCAUAAGGAGACGGAGAGAUUUUUGAAUCAUGAAGUAACGGUGCUCAAACCAAACGUUUAUAAAAGCGUAUUGACGCUAAACAGCACAAAAGAACCUGUAAAUGCUACGUACUUCUGUUUCGGAGAAAACAGCGAAGGAAUUAAUCAGGACAGUGUGAUUGUGAACGUUAAAAGAAAGAUGCAAGUUGUUGAGUGCUUCUCAGAUAUAUCAGUACAGCUUCACUCACAACUAUCACUUGCUUGCCGCUUCGACGCGCACCCUUCACCAAUUAUAACUUGGUACCACAACGGAACAGAGAUAAGGGAUAAUCAAAAUAUUUAUUUAACAGAUAAUCGUACUUUAUUGAACAUAUUGCGGGUUGAUUUCGAUAAUUUGGGGAUAUACGUUUGCGAAGCUAACAAUGGGUAUGAAAGAAUGGAAAUAAAGGGAUUAAUUAGUGUACAUGGAUUAGAAGUCCCAGUGAUAUCCAAAGAAUCAGCAGAGAUCGUGGCACAAAAAGGGAAACCUGUUGAAAUGCCAUGUAGAAUAACAAAAGGAAACCCAAAGCCAAAGAUUACAUGGCAAUAUAAAAGAGAAGAUUUGGAAUUUUCAACUCUAUCUCAAGAAGUGAGAAUUGAAAAUUCAACUGAAAACGCAAAGAUUGUCAUAAUGAACGCCAAAGUGAACCACAAAGGCAUAUAUCGGUGUGUUGCUGAAAAUGUUAUUGGUCGAGAUGUGUUUGAGUUUGAGUUGAUUGUCCAGUAUCCGCCAGAGCUGUCACUCCAAACAUCACAUGACGACAGUCCCGUUGAAAUAAAAGCCGGUAAUAAAGCACAAUUUUCAUGUAAAGCUGAAGGCAAUCCUCCUCCCGUAGUGGUGUGGAUGAAAGAUAAACAGCCUAUUGGCUAUUCAGAAAACGUGUAUUUAACCAAAAACAGCGAAUUAGUAAUAGAGAAGACGACACAGGAUGAUUCGGGGUUGUUUACGUGCAAUGUUACGAGCUCAAUAGGCUUUGUGCAAAAGAAUUUCACCUUGGUUGUGUAUGAACCCCCUUCAAUAACUCCAUCGGAUAUAGGACCUGAAUUAGAAACAUUAGAAGGCCAGCUAGUGGAGCUGCCUUGUGCGGUUAAGGGUCAACCAACACCUGACAUCGUGUGGUUGCAGAAUGGAGAAAUUAUUAGUGAAGGCAGAAAAUUCAUUGAUAAUUUUGGAUUACGAUUUGUAGCCAACUUAACAGAUUUUGGUGAAUAUACUUGCACAGCCAGAAAUAAGUAUGGAAACGCCACAUAUACAUUUAUUGUACUCAUUUGGGUUCCGCCAUCUAUACAUUCGCCAUUGAAGACUUCGCAAAGUGUAAUAUCAGGAAAUAACAUAACCCUGCAAUGUGAUGCUAUCGGUUUUCCAGUACCUACUAUUUUGUGGGAGUUCCGAGAUCAACUAAUUAUGGAAAACACUACAGAGUUAAGUUUCAAUGAAUAUGGGAACAUUUAUAUAAGCAACUCGAGUUCUAAGUACGAGGGUAUGUACUCUUGCAUUGCUGAAAACAUUGCUGGGUUUGUGAAGAAAUCUAUUUACUUGAACGUCUAUGAGCCGCCUACAAUUCUGCAAGACAACUACCCAGGCCCUUUUAUAGCAACAAGUAGAGAUAAAGUAAUCGUGAUUUCUUGCCGGGUGAACGGGAAACCCGAGCCUUUCGUUUCAUGGACAAAGGACAACAGAUAUUUGGAUAAAGAUUCUCAAUACAACAUUGACGUCGAUGGCACGUUAACAAUAAAGGCUCCUUCGGAGGAUUUAAACGGGUUGUACACUUGUAUAGCAAAGAAUGCGGUUGGAAUGGCUAACAAAACUGUGUCUGUGCAAAUAUAUUCUGUCCCCGCAAGAAUGCAAGCGGACGAAACAAUUUCUACAGAGACGGUAUUGGAAGGAACCAACGUUGACAUCGAAUGCCCCAUUCGCGCUUCUCACGCCGACAAAGUAAAAUGGUACAAGGACGCAAAGUUGAUCUCAACUAGCCCCUUACAAAUACAAAACAUAACACGUCACGACGCAUCAAUGUACGCUUGCGUAGUAUCGAACAUGGUUGCGUCUAUGCAUUCUUUAGUGCACCUUAAUGUUGAAUGGCCGCCGCAGUUUAUUGACAACUUAACAGAUAACAUUGAGGUAGUAAAGGGAAAUGACAAUUAUUUUAAUUGUGAUGUUGAUGCGAAGCCAGCAGCUAAGGCAAAAUGGUAUUUCAAUGCCCGUCCACUAGUUGGUCAAGACAAGAAAAUUCUCAAGUUAAUAGAUAUACAAUUACGUCAUACGGGAGUUUAUAAAUGCGUCGUUGGUAAUUUACACGGUACCGUUGCGAGGCAGUUCACUUUAGAUGUUUUGGUGCCACCGUUUAUAUCCGAUUUCGACGUAUUGGAUGUCCAGCUACUGGAGGGCACUAACGCAACACUCGAAUGUGACGCUAAAGGUUUGCCUAAACCUAACAUCCAAUGGAGUUACAACAACACGAACUGGCAUCUCCAAAACUCGUCCCUCACAAUCUACAACGCAUCAGUUGACUCUGAAGGCACAUUCCGUUGUGAUGCAAUGAAUAAAGCUGGUGCUACUUAUAUUGUGUAUCGAGUUUUUAUAGUGGCACCUGCAACGGUGGAGGAUGUGGUCGUAUACAGACAGGGGGAGAACGGUGGAGAGACUGUACAGAGUGUUUUGGAAGUUGAGUUGGACACGCGCGUCAGGUUAUCCUGCACAUCAUCAGGACAUCCCACGCCGACGAUUCAAUGGAUCCACAACGGAAUCAAGCUCAGUGAAAAUUCUCCAAAAAUUACUUACGCUGAUUUAGUCCUGGAUAAUGUGCACGUCAAACAAGGCGGAAUGUACAGUUGUAUUGUUUCUAAUGAAGGUGGUAUGGAUGAAAUUGACGUUAAAGUUGAAGUUUUGGAGCCACCAAAAAUCUUCCAUGCCCUUUUCCAGCCUGCGUCAAACGGACCAACGAAACUAGAGCUUAUAUCAGACCAGUCAUUCUCUUUACACUGUCACCCUUACGGGAAUCCGUUACCGGCAGUGUACUGGUUUAGAAAUGGACAGCCAUUAACGUUGUUUGAUGACAGUAUGAUCCGCCAGGAUUAUGGCGAAGUGCUGACCGUUGAUAGGGCUAGAUUCGAUCAAAGCGGAAAUUACACUUGUGUUGCCAAAAAUAAAGUUGGUGAAGCUAGCUUGAUCUACCUCGUCGAUGUCUUAGUACCACCCCCAACACCUAAAGAAAGUUCCAAGGUAAUAGCAACUCGUACGGGCAAGUUGUUAACCCUUUCUUGUCCCGUGGAAGGCAGCCCCUUGCCGGAAGUCAUGUGGAUCAAACAUCCGUACACUGAAAUCAAUGGCGAUACUCCCAAAGUGACACUGGCAGAUAAUAAUUAUACUUUGAUAACGGUGUUGUUUUUGAAGCUAGCCUAG